CAUAAAAUACUACUUAAAUAUAACAAUAAAACUAUUGAGUUAUGGUUUGCGACUUAGAAAAGAAAAUAACGACGCAGUCACAUGGCUUUUAGAAUGAACGAGCGUAUAUUUAGGACUCGAUAUAUUUUUAUAGAUUCUAAAAAUAUGCAACGCUCCCAAAUAUUUUUAGUAAACCGUUUGGUAUUAUGUUUGUUUUUAACGAUAUCGGUAAGAUAAUUUACAAGUGUCUAUCCAUUUAUAUUAUGUAACUGCUUCGAUUUUUACUAUUUAUUCACUUUACAAAAUCAGCUAACUUUGUAUUUUAUACUGUGUGCAACAUACUCUCACCAGUAAUACAGUUCAAUCAAAUAACAGUGGAUUGGAGUCAUAAAGCAUAAGUAAGCAUAUUUUCAUUUCCUAGGUUUCAUAUAGAUGAUAUUAUUUGAAGCCUUGAAAUUAAAAAUAUAAUUGAAAAUCGUUCAGCAGUCCUCAGCUCUGGAGCAGAAGGCAAAGGAGAUGAAGAUGGCGGAAGAGCUGAUGCAGGGCAUCGAGAAGAAGUUCCAGGUGGACCUGCAGCGCUCCGUCGACCAGGUGUUGUUGAAGAUAAAAGUGUUCCUGAAUAACGGCUCCAGCGUGGUCCAGCACAAGCUACAGACCCUGGAGGAGGGGCUCGCCGACCUGCGCCACACUCUUCAGGACAAACAGGCAAUGAUACACUAUUUUAUUCUGUGUGGGAGUAAUACCUGGGUCCUGGCCCAUAUAAUAUGACAUACAUGAUAAGGUCUUAACAGCCCCCUAAGCUUGUUGGAAUAUUUAUCACCCCUUGGCCACUGCAGACUGGUCCAGAUACGAUCUACCUAACGUUACGAUCUACCAAUUGCGUGAUUACAAAUUAAAAACGAUAGGCACGCGCUGGCGUCUCAGCCCACAAGA